UGACAUUUGUGACAUAUAAGUGAAUCCUUCGUUGUGUUUUUGUGCAAUCAACUGAAUCAAUUUAUCCUGCUCGUUAUUAUUGUCCUUCGGCAAUAAUGACGAUUCACAACUUAUAUAUUUUUGAUCGUUAUGGAACUUUGCUGUACUACGGUGAAUGGAACAGGUCUAAACAAUCUGGAAUGUCGAGAGAAGAAGAAGGCAAGCUGAUGUAUGGGAUGCUGUUUUCAAUCAAGUCCUUUGUAUCCAAGAUUUCCCCAUUGGAUCCAAAAGACGGAUUUCUGCACUACAAAACAUCAAAAUACACACUACAUUGUCUAGAAACACCAUCAGGACUUAAAUUUGUUAUGAAUACUGACAACCAAGCUCAAGGGGUGCGGGAAUUGCUGAAAAAGAUUUAUGGAGAAAUUUAUGUUCAGUAUGCUAUCAGGAAUCCCCUGUGUGGUAUUGGUGAGCCAAUAACUAGUGAACUAUUUAAAAGUAAACUUGAUGCUUUCAUCAAGACUACUCCAAUUCAUGCAGUGAGAGCUUCAUGAUAGAAACCCUCAAUAAAAUAGUUAUAAUUAAGUAUUUAAGGACUAUGUGUAUAGUUCCUAAGUUGUGUAAUAUAAAAAAUGUAGACUUAAGAAUUGUAUUCCUGUGCAGUACACCAUAUCUUGUCAUGUGGCAACCAAAACUCACUACUACCACAAGUUCAGGGCUGUAGUGAACUAUAAUUAGUAGUAUCAGACAAGGUUGACAUUUAUUUAAUUAUUUUUUUGUAAUUAGUGAGUUUUACUUGUCACUGAACAAUCUGUUUAGUGGCAUAUACUAAUGCUCCUAAUUAUAAUGAUUAUUUAACUUUUUUCAUAAAAUGUUAGCUUCCUUGUGUUUACACCUCACAGCCUGUAAGACCAGAGCUAACAUGCGCUUUGCUGCACUAUAGUUAGGCAAGUGACUAGAAUGCUGUAGUGUCAUUUUGAAUAAGAUUGUAAGAUUUAAUAGCUGAAUGGCAUUCUAUGAUUUAUUUAUUAAGAAAUAUGGUUUGUUUAUUAACUGUUUGAAAUAUCUGUUUUAUUAUUAACUUACACUGUAUAAGGAUAAAUAAUUACAAUAUAUUUAACCUA